CUUCCUUAAAGACCUUUCCCUCUCUCUGCUAGACUCUAUUAUUAUUCCCCAAAACCCACUUUCACACUCUUCACUCUCACUCUCAGUUGAGAACUACACGUGACCCGUGAUCCACACUCUCACGCCGACUCCGUUUCACUUCAGGCAGGUAUUCUUGGUGGGUCAUAUUCGGUGUUGCAAUUCAUGUUGUUGCCUCUGGAUGUUAAUUUACUUAGAAUUGUUUAGCUUUAAUAAGCUGUCUCCGGGAUAGUGGUUUUGAGAGAAUAUUGGUCAUGAGAAUGCUGGUGGUGACAUGCUUGAACCAAGGGAAGCUGAUAUACCUGUAUUGUUUCUUGUCUUGGUUGUGCUCCCUUUGGUUGCUUACAUCUUACUUGGAAAAUGGAGUGAGGUUACAAAGAAGAGAGAAAGAAUAAGUUUGCUAGCUCAAUUGGCUGCUGAAGAAGCUUUUAAAGCAGAAGCGAUGGCUGUGGGUAAUGCUAUUCCUCUUGUGUCUUCUUCAAAGAGUGGACUUCAUGUGUGUGCGAGAUGCUUUGCUCCUGCUAAAACCCGCUGCUCUAGAUGCAAAUCUAUUAGAUAUUGUUCUGGAAAGUGUCAAAUUAUCCACUGGAGGCAAGCUCACAAGCAAGAGUGCCAGCAAUUGGAAACUACUAGCAGCUCAAGCUCAUCUCCUAAGUCUGUCUCAGUCGAAGAAUCCCUUCAUGGCAGGGUUUUACAUAAUGACUACAUGAACUCACAGUUCCUUGGUUAUGAUAAUGAUCAGGGAGAAAAAGUUUCUGCAGAUGAUUUAACUUCAUUAAGCUUUGGUGUUCCUGGUGUUGUUGAUUUCUCUACAAUUGGUAACUCUCAAAUCCCCAUUCUUGAGAGAACAGUGAACAAACGGGUGUCUCAUAAACCCCAGAAUGAAAUAUUGAGAGGAGAGGAUAAAGAUGUAAUUGACUCUUGUGAAGAUGCCUCCAAAAGUAGGGCUACCCAUUUGACUUCUGAUUUUAUUUCAUCAAAGGAGGCAUUUACAAGGCAUAGGUCAAGAAAGAGUGAUUCUGUUGUGUCAGAAGUAGAAAAUUUAAGAAAGCACAAUGUCAAUAGCUCUAAUGUAGGACAAGCUGCUUCAAAAGGUACGAUGCAUGGGAGUGAUAAGUAUAUUACCCCACCUCAGAAUACAUUUGAACCAAGAAAAAGUUGUGGAUUCUCAAGCUCAUCAUGUUUGACUAGAAAUGGAACAAAUGCACAUCAAAUGGAGUAUGAUCAGGAUGAAGGAGAUUUACUUAAAUGGGAAAAUUCUACUAAUGCUGAAAAAAUAAAUUUCAAUAGCUCCUAUGAAAUGACUGCAACUAAUGGAAAUGUAAAUGCAAAAAGUGGGUCACAAGCUUUACAGGCGAAAAUUUCUAAAUUGCCAAAAUCAACAAUGAAAGUUUCUGGAGAGCAAUAUUGUUCAGAAUUAGAGAGGAAAGGACAUGUUGCCAAUGAAUCAAGUCAGACUGAUGUUGCCAGAAUGAGAGAUAUCAAAGCUGCACAAGGAAGCAAUGGGGUUGAAAGGAUGGGAAUUAUGAAGAUGGUUGGUCUAAGAAAGUCAACCAAACUUACCAGACAAGAUGCUCCGAUAAAUAAUGGCAAAAGAAACAACAAAUUAAAGAUGCUGUUUCCUUAUGAGGAAUUUGUAAAGUUCUUCCAGUGUGAAGUCUUUGACCUAUCACCUAGGGGCCUUUUAAAUUGUGGUAACAGUUGCUAUGCUAAUGCCGUCUUGCAGUGUUUGACCUGCACAAAGCCUCUCAUCACCUAUCUGAUUCAUAGAUCACAUUCAAGAGCAUGUUGUGUAAAAGGUUGGUGUCUCAUGUGUGAACUAGAGCAACAUGCAGUGAUGUUAAGAGAAAGUGGGGGCCCUCUGUCUUUGAGCAGGAUCCUUAUGCAUAUCCGAAGUAUUAAUUUCCAAAUUGGUGAUGGAAGUCAGGAAGAUGCACAUGAAUUUUUAAGGCUUAUUAUUGCGUCAAUGCAAUCUAUAUGCUUGGAAGGACUAGGUGGUGAGAAAAAGGUUGAUCCUAUAUUGCAAGAAACAACUUUUAUACAACAUAUUUUUGGUGGCCGUCUUAGAUCAAAGGUCAAGUGUAUGAUAUGUCAUCAAGAAUCAGAACGAUAUGAAAACAUGAUGGAUCUCACAUUAGAGAUAUAUGGUUGGGUUGAAUCAUUGGAAGAUGCGUUGACUCAAUUUACAGCCACUGAAGAUUUGGAUGGAGAAAACAUGUACAGAUGUGGAAGAUGUGCUACAUAUGUUCGAGCUAGGAAGGAAUUGAGCAUACAUGAGGCUCCAAAUAUCCUGACAAUUGUCUUGAAGAGAUUUCAGGAGGGAAGAUAUGGGAAAAUAAGUAAGCGGAUCACUUUUCCCGACAUGUUGGAUAUGAUUCCCUUUAUGACUAGGACCGAAGACAUGCCACCACUUUACUUGCUUUAUGCUGUUGUUGUGCAUUUGGACACAUUAAAUGCAUCUUUCUCUGGACAUUACGUGUCAUAUGUGAAAGAUAUGCGUGGAAAUUGGUUCAGGAUAGAUGACACUGAGGUUCAGCCCGUGCCAAUGAGCCAGGUGAUGUCUGAAGGAGCAUAUAUCUUGUUUUACAUGAGGUCUUGCCCUCUUCCUCAAAGAACAUAUAUUGAGAAAACCAUCCAGCAACAAGUUCCUGACUCUGCAAGGAACUGCAUAUCAAAAGCUCAGAAGCUUGCAAGGACCAGUCAAAGCAGACCUAGCAGCCAAUCUGUUGGCUUACAAGAUUCAACAAAUCCAAGACCAGAUAUGCCUCCCCGUUCUACCAACCAUACUUCAAAUGGCAUCCUCAAGAGUGCUAGCAGAAAUGUCCAGCCAGUGAUGGAAGCAUAUGCUGAACCAGUCUGCAUGGACUUCUCUAAUGCAACAUCAAGUGAUUGGUCCCUCUUUACAAGCUCAGAUGAGGCCUCAUUCACAACUGAGAGUACUAGAGAUUCAUUCAGUACUGUAGAUUAUGCUGAUACAUGCAAUGCAGACACAAUCUCGUCAAUCUUCAAUACAUUAUAUGCACCAGAAUACUCCCGCAAUUCUGAUUCUUGCAGAAAAGUUUCAAAUUGUAGACCACACACGAGGUUCGUUUCUGAGCAAAAGGGCCAUAUUUUGGACUCAUAUUUGUCAACACAACCUCUUGACAAAGUACAGAAACGAGUGCUUUCAAAACAGGUCAGUGAUCCUUCAAGCCAAUUCCCUUCUGAUAGUAACUGCAACAUGUUUGUAAAAUAUGGGAGUAACCCAAUACAUGGUUUUGAACGAACUUCUGAUCAUUGUAAACUGUAGUCCAUGAAAUUUAACUACAAUAGUGAUAAGUUAGCUAGGGAGUUGCCUCAAAAUUUUUGGUUUUAGUACAUUGUUUUUGGGGCUUGUGAUUAUAUUAGAAUAACAAAAAUUUAUUCUUGUUAGCAUUGAAAUUGUUGUUAGGAGAAAAGAGCUAGCAAUUCACAAACCGUCCUGUUUUUGUGUAAAUUGUCGACUGUCAGAAAAUAAAAUUUUCAUUAGGUUUGCUCAUGAGUAGCUCAGAGACAAACCUAGUAUUGUAACUUUUCUACAAGAAACAAAAUUGCAGGAGUAUUCUGGAGCAUAUAA